AUGAGCUCAAUCUCCAACACUAGAGUUCCUCUAAUUGAACCAGCUGUGCAGUCAUUGGAGGACAAAAGAGCCAAUGAAUACGGACCUUUGACCUCCAAAGAAUACCUUCAUGAAACUAGUAGUCGGCAGGGAGAACCGCUUCAAGAACCCACACCAGACACCCCACCGUACUAUGUUGUGGUUAUUACCUACUUGAAUUAUCUGAUUCUCAUUAUUUUGGGCCAUGUCCACGAUUUUUUGGGAUUAACAUUUCAGAAAGAGCGUCAUCAGGAUAUUAUGGAAAAAGAUGGUUUGGCACCGUGGUUCUCUAAAUUUGAAAGUUUCUACGUUAGACGAUUGAAGUUGCGUAUUGACGAUUGUUUCUCGAGACCUACGGCCGGCGUUCCUGGUAGAUUUAUCUCCUGCAUCGACCGUAUUUCGCACGACCUUAAUAGCUACUACACCUACCCUGGUACUACAACGAUGUGUUUGAACUUGUCCUCGUACAAUUACUUGGGUUUUGCCCAGAGCGAGGGGCCUUGCACGGCUGCAGCGUUGGAAAGUGUCGACAAGUACGGUGUUUGCGCUGGUGGUCCCAGAACGCAGCUUGGGACGUCUGAUCUUCACCUUGAAACUGAAAAAUUGGUUGCAAGCUUUGUUGGAAAAGAAGACGCGAUGAUCUUCUCUCAAGGUUACGGUAGUAAUGCCAAUUUUUUCAAUUCUAUAUUGGAUCCUAAAUGUUUGGUCAUCUCAGAUGAGCUCAACCAUACUUCCAUCAGAACAGGCGUUCGUCUCUCUGGUGCUACUGUCAAGGCUUUCAAGCAUAACAACAUGGAAAAUUUGGAGAAACUGAUCAAGGAACAGAUUGUUAGCGGGCAGCCCAAGACUCAUAGGCCCUGGAAGAAGAUAUUUAUCUGCGUCGAGGGUCUGUACUCAAUGGAGGGUACCAUGUGCCACUUGCCUAAGCUUGUGGAGCUCAAAAACAAAUACAAAUGUUAUCUUUUCGUGGAUGAGGCACACUCGAUUGGUGCCAUCGGUGCUCGUGGCCGUGGUGUAUGCGACUACUUCAAUAUCAGUCCUUCAAAUGUGGACAUCAUGAUGGGUACAUUUACCAAGUCCUUUGGAGCUGCUGGUGGUUACAUUGCAGCCAGCAAAGACAUAGUCGAUAGACUAAGAUGUGAUUUGACCACGACCAACUACGGCGAAUCUGUUCCACCUCCAGUCUUGGCACAGACCUGUACCUCGUUGAGAAUCAUUGCGGGAGACCUAAACCCUGGUGAAGGUCUAGAAAGACUACAACGUAUCACUUUCAACUCAAGAUACUUACGCUUAGCCUUGAAAAGACUAGGUUUCAUUGUUUACGGUGUAGCUGAAUCUCCAGUUGUACCCAUGCUCUUGUAUGCCCCCUCCAAGAUGCCUGCUUUUUCGAGAAUGAUGCUGCAAAGAAAGAUUGCGGUGGUGGUCGUUGCAUAUCCUGCGACGCCCUUGAUCGAGUCCCGUGUGAGAUUCUGCAUAUCAUCUGCAUUGACUAAGGAAGAUCUCGACUAUUUAUUGCGCCACGUCAAUGAAGUUGGCGAGAAACUUUUCCUCAAGGUAAGCACUGGUAAAAGCAGUGUUUCACGCAAUGGCAAGCCUCACAACUGGGAUAUUGAAGAAGUCAUUAGACUUACGCCAGCGGACUGCAAAGACGACAGGUAUUUCAUGGAGUGA